AUUAUCGCCAUUAAUUAAUUUGGUCUUCUUCAUCAGAAUCAUCAUCUCUGUAAUUUUUCUGCUUGGAAUUUUCUCCUCUCACUUUACAUAUCUGGUCGCCUUCUUCCUUUUCUUUUUAAGUUCUCGGCUUUACAAUUCCAUUUUAUUUUUUUUUGGUAAAGAAGCAAUGUUUCUAUUCUGACUCACAUAUACUUUUUUGUCCCUUGAUUUUUUUUUGGUUGAUGUGUAUUUCUUAAAUUGGUAUUAAGUGCUGCAAACAGGAUGGUAGGAGGGACAUUUCUGAUCUUCAAGGAAACAUAAAGGGCCACAAAAGCAGAUUCCUUUUCAAAGAUAAGAUAAGAUAAUGGAAGGAGUACAAACCAUUUGCAAGUUUUAGAUGGAUGCUAUUAUGAAUCAGGAAAGGUGUUGAUGUUUUGCGCCCAAGCAUGCACGACCGGGCUAGCGGCAGGGUUUGAUGCUUCAUCAAGGUCUUAUCUUUUUAGUUUAGCAUGAUUUUCACACACCCGAGGUGCUUUGCAGCGGAGCACACAUGCACGACUGCGCUGAGCUUGAGGCUUCGUCAAGGUCUUAUCUCUUGGUCAAAAUUAUUUUUUAAAAUUUUUCAAAAGAAAAAUAAUGCAAAUUUUGAAUUUCUUAAAAAUGUUAUGACUUAGCUUGACUCGCAACUGAAUUAUUUUCUUAUUGAAAUUAUUUCAGCAAUUAACUCCUUAUUUUCAUACAAAAAAUAUUUCAACAAUAUCAUGUGCAAUUUCGAAAAAUAAGGUUGCGAAAUGACGACAUAAAAGUUUAGAAAAUAUGAUAUUGUUAUUACACAUAUAAUAAUGUUAUUGAAAUAUUUCUUUUAUCACUUCGAAAGCGGAUAUCCUGUCCACUUCAUUUUUGAGCAUCCCUGUUGACCGAGGCGAAACAUCUUCGCCUUGUGCUGCUGAUUUACUUAGCUUUAAGAAUUCCAGUGGCAAUUUGUUGGCAAAACUUGGCGUCUUGUUGGAGGUGAAUAUUUGUUUCAUCUGCAUACGUUACUGAAAGUAGGGAAAUCUUUGCUAGGAUAGUUGGCUGGUUCAUUCUAAAGCUAUUUUUGUUCUGUAGAUUGUUCCUAGUGGGAGUAAAAGAGUUGGAUCGUUCAAGACACGACUCAAUCUCUGUGACAAGUCCAAUGCAAUACUUCAACAUGACACAAUCCUAUCUAUAAUGACUACCCACUUAAAUCUGUACCAAUAACAAUUUAGCGAGUCAUAUUUAGCGAGUCAUGUGUCGAGUUACGAACUGACUCAAUACUAUCCCCUAAUCCAACGAAUCAAUAUAGGACUCAUUCAUUUUGUUCUUAGGUUUACAUCUGAUCUUUUUCUGGCUCUUCCACUUCCAUGUUCAUUAAGGACUAAUUCUGAGGUAAGUUUUCUUAUAUAUCAGUCCCUGAAUCUGUUUUAGCAUCAUGAUUAUCCUUGAAAUAGUAGUUAAGCUAAAGUGAUAUGAAGAUGCCCAUACCUUUUAUUGUAACAGUUGCUCUUAUACGGAAUUAUUCGAGUGAUAGUUUUUCAGAUCUUUUGCAUAUCAGGAGUUUUAUGAACUAUUCGAAUGAUAGUUUUUUAGAUCUGUUAUAUUUUGCAUAUAAAGACUCCCAUAUCAUGAUUUCAUUAGACUGAAAUGUAUUUCCCUGAUAAUAUUCUGACAAAAAAGAGAGCAUUUCAAGGCGAAGAGAAAUGAUAAUGAUGUUAUCGUUUUGAUACAAGAUAUAUAAGGAUGCUUAUUGUACUAAGAAUCUGAUUUCUAUCGUGUUUUCUGUAUGGUUAGACGGUUCUGUUGACUCGUAGCUGUAGAUAUUAUUUUGAAUUACUGAUUCAUUGGAAUAUACUACGUAGUCAUUUGUAAUACAAGGGCUGCACAUAUUAUUAUCAGGAGAGGAAAAUCAACAAACAAAAGGAUCUUAUUAGGUAUUGAGAUGUAAUUUUGGGUUGAACUAUUGAUAAGAGUCACGGAGGAAUUCAGUUCGAUUCAUUUGAUUAUUGAUGUGAGGCACAAAUUGGCAGUCUGGUGUUCGUGCAAUGGCUCCAUCCAAUUUAGGCUGCUGUUUCAACCAAGAACCACCUACUAUGUCAAUAGAGCGAGAUCUGUCGCUCAUUAAGUCCAAUUGGCCGCAGCAGCAUCCACCACAGUUCCAACAACAGCACUAUGGAUCACCAAACACCGAGAAAAAUUAGAAUUAUAAUGUUUGGACGUGGAAUAGUGUGAAAUUUGUUGCUAAACAGUGUCAUGAGAAAUGGCUCAUCAUUAGCAACGGGGCUGCUGCAAUGACCAAUCAGGGAAAGACUCGAAGGACCUGGAUGAUCGUGAGAACCUUUGCGGCAAGUGUUGGUUGGAGCUUGUAUUCUGUCGAUGAGGCCCAAUAAAUGAGUUAGAUCUGAAUCUCCUGGCGAUGUCAAUGGGACGCGGAAGUUAUCUGUUGUGUGUGUCAGGUUGAUGAUUUUAGAGGAAGUUUGUUGCAAGCAAAGGAUUAUCACCUUCGGCAAAAAGUGUGUGAGAUUCACAGCCGAAAGGCCCUUUUAGGAAAGCAGAUGCAGAGGUUCCACCGGAAGUGUAGCAUAAGAAGUCCAAAUCAACAUGUGUAGCAAAGGUGGCCUCAUAACGGCUUCACCCGUUUUUACGGAAAGACAAGCUGUAGGCGUAGGCUUGCAGAGCACAAUCGGCGAAGAAGAAAAACCCAGCAGGAGGAUCUCUCUUCGAGAUUGUUCGCUUUCUAGCCUACCGCAACUUGUUUGGGACUUGAGGCUUCAAAGAAGAAGAACACUUUCUCGUCUGCAAGGUAAGGGAGUUUGAUUUUCUGCAGUAUUACUUGAACCAUCUUCUAAGACAUUUUAAUGAAAGAUUAAGGGUGCGGGGAAAAGUACAAAUUGUAAAGCCGACAUCUCAUCAAUACCUGAUAGAGAUUGGGUCACCCUGGAUUCUUAAUAAGUGAACUCACUACCUGAUGGUGCAAAUAAUUCUGUCAUGUUAGCUUUACGUGGAGGUUUUGAUCUGAAUGUUUCACAAGAAGUUUCUCCAGGAACUUCAGACAAAAUGAUACUGGAAACUCUCAACUUCAUCAACUAUGAAUUUACUUACCAUUUUUUCCGCCACAUUAAAAGAAUGCUCCCUGGAAGUUUGUCAAUGAUGAUGAAAAGCUCAGCUACUAGAAGAAAUCAAGUCCUGUACUCUGCUGAUGUAUUUUUUCCUGUCAAGUAACUGGACUCAGGCCAAAUUGUUAGUAGAUUGAAGAGUAAAUUCUAUUAUGGUGGUGGCUCUAAUGCUAGGAAACGUAUGAUUGCUUCUUUUCUUGGCAUUGAGGAUGCCACCUUCUUGAUAUGCACAUGUUAGGCCGUUGUUGAGAAGCUCUUGGAUAAGCUUGCUGCUGGAAGGGCGUGCUUUGUUAUUCGUAUGAAGGCUGUCAACAGGUGUCCUUUAAGGAUUGUAACUUAAGUGUGAAAGAGCAAUUAAGAACUUUUUGAGGACUAGUGAUUUGAAGAAGAGCAAAAGACUAGUUGUAGCCUUUGAUGAAAUCUGUUGUCCUUAUGAAGGGGGUCUAGGGCUUUCUAGGAUUAGAAGUUGUGAACAAGUCUAUGUUGAUGAAAAUGUGGUGGAAUAUUGAACACUCGUAUAAGAAGUGGGCUCAGUUCUUAUGUGCAAAGUUCUUCAGGAAGAAUGGUGAGUUAAUUGAUUCUAAGCCGAAGUCUCCUAUGUUCUUGGGAGUAGAUGGAUCAAUGACGAGGUAGCAAAACACACGAGAUGUCUGGUGGGUGAUGGUAUACUUCUUUGAUUACUGGUGCGGUGCAGCUGGCGAAGACCAUUGGGGUUCUUGUUUUUGCAAGGAAUCAAUAUGCGUCAAACUGUUAGUGAUUUGAUUGUGAAUAAUUAUUAGGUUAUCCCAGGCAUAUUUUGUCAGAUUUUGAUGAAUGCUGGGGCGGUUAUUGAUGCUCCGCCUAGGCCAACUAUUGCUUCAGAUUCUAAGAUCUGGACUUUGGGUAAGCAAGAGUUGUUCCCUGUCAAGUCUGCCAGGUUGCAGUUGAGGAGAUAUGAAUUUGGAAGAAAGUGGUUCACCCCUCUCUUGCAGCUCAAUCUUGGAAAUUGGUGCAUGAAGUGUGUUGCAAUACUCACGGGAGAUCUGAAAAGAUUCUCUAGAUAUCUUCUGUUCCAAGAUGCGUUUUAUGCAAUACUGAAGAAAAUCCUUAUCAUAUUUUAUGGGACUGGGGCAUUUCUUUUAAGACGUCUGGGCUUAAUUUGGAAGCCCAAAUUCCAGUUGUAUUUCCAGCCGCACGACAAAUGUGAAAAAGGGAAUUCAUCUAGGGUUUUAGGGUUUUAGAAAGUUUUGUAGAUUUGGAAACAUCUGGAAGAAGAAGAAAGGAAAGAGAGAGGGAAAGUAGAGAGUGAGAAUUAAAGGUAUUAUGGGAAGAUCCGGCAAGAAGCAAAGAUGAUUUAGAUAUAUCAGUAAGAGCAGCAGUAAUUGAUUCUAGCAAGGGAGAAAUGGGUCUAGAGAGGAGUAAGGAGGUAAGAACAGCAAGAGGUGCAGCAACUGAUUCCAGCAAGGGAGAAUUGGAGGAUCUAGAACAGGAAAAGGACAAAGAUGAUUUAGAUCUAUCUCAAAUGGAUCUACUGGGAAGCAAGGAGGUAAGCACAUUAAGAGGUGCAGCAGCUGAAUCUGAUAAGGGAGGAUGUUCUAGAAAGGGAGAAAACAGAGGUUCUGGCCUAUAGAGACGUGUGUUCUUUGCUCAGGUCUUUCAAAAGCAGACCAAAAAAGGAGGCUGCAAAGCAGUCGAGUCGCCCCGAAUUGUGACCAUGGUGGAUGUUGAAGAUUUUUUCUCUGAAGCGGGCCAGGUGAUGCAAUGCAAAUUCCUAGGGCGACGAGCUCAAGUUUUCGGAUCCGUAGAGUUUAUUGAUAUAAGAUCUGCGUCAAAGGCGGUGACAUUUUCAGGCAGACUGCUGUGUGGUCAGCCGGUAAAGAUUAUACCUUUUGAAUGGGAAAGAAGCCUUGCCUUUGCCGAAGAAUCAGCCCCUGCUGCUAGCAUUGAUUUGUUAAUUAGACUUGUAGGCCUAGGAGGGUCAGAGGAUGAGCUUUAUGAGCUUUUGAGGUGCUUUGGCCCUUUGGAAAUGCGAAGACUCGAUGUUGGCACAGACAAAGAAGUACGCGUAUUUUCUGUGCGGUUUACUGACAUGGAGGUCGCAAAGUUCGUCCUAGAAGAAGGGAGAUUAGAAAUAGAUAGCACACAGAUCGAGGUUUUCGAUCCUGCUUCCUUAGCUCUAGCAGUUGGUAGUGGUGAUGGUGCACCAGCAAUCGAGAGUCUUGCUGCAUUACUAGAAUCUUUUGGAGAUGAUGUUGAUUAUUCCACCUCCUCCGAAGGACCAGCCUCUCUUGUUGCAGAUGCUGGGGCUGUUGCUCUGCGACUAUUAAUUAGGGUGUUAGGUGUAAAUGUUACCAAAUCUGAAAUCCAGAAGCUUCUGGAGGGGUUUGGUCAACUGGAAUCUCUGAAUGGAGGUGAUGAUCAGCGAAAAGGCCGGUUGGACUAUACUGCCCAGUUUGUUAACCCCGAGCAUGCAACGGAGGUUCUGUUCUUAGGGAAAUUUCUGAUAAAUGGCACCCAGAUAGAGGUGUUUGAUAUUCUAAAUGUCCCGCAAAAAACAUUUUGUUCCACCUGGCCACAGCUCGCACCAGAGUAUAAAAUUGAAGGAUUUAUACUUGAGGAGUUGGAGCCUCCACAGUUGUAUUGUCGACCUUGUUUGAAGCGGGUGAAGUUACCAUUACCCGAAAAGGAAGGCCAAGUGUAUAUUUUUAUAGACGCCUCCGAUUCAAUAUUGAAGACUGGAUAUGGUGUUGUGAUCGUGGAUCAGAAUGGACAGGAGAGAUAUUUUACUUAUGGUUGUUCAGAUAAAGUCUAUGCCAAUUCCCAGCAUAUGGAGGCAUUUGCUAUUCGCACAUUCUUAGAGGAAGCGGAUAUAAGCAAAUUUCCAAAGUUUGUGAUAUGUGGGGAUAACAGUGAAGUAAUGAGCUUGCUUAAUGGUCGGGAGAAAAGCAAAGGUGAUGAGGUAUUAGAUUCAUUGGUUUUGGAGAUUUCGAAGUUGGUAGUGAAGCAUUGUAAUUCCUUUCCCAAUUGUUCGAUAGGAUUUAAAGAUGUUUUGCGUGAAGAAAACUUUAUGCCCGAUAGAUUGUCCCACAUGGGACAUGAGUUAGAUGUAGGAGAAGUUGUCAGUUCCGAAACCUGCGAUGACUGGACAGUUAACUUUUUCAGUUGGAAGUAUAAAAUGGAAGAUGGUGGGUUUCUGAAAGCCCCUUCCCAAAGAACGGUAUGUGGCCAGAGAAGGAAGUAUCAUGUGAGUGGUAUUUGUUCAUUAUGCAAGGAGGCGGGGCAUAAACAACGCCACUGCACCAAAAAUGAUGGAAGUUUGGAUCUGUCCUCUAAUGGUGUGUUGUUAAAGAAUGUAUAUGGUGUCCGUUCACUCACUCGUCAAGAUUUUGACAUAGACAUCAGGGAGGGGGUACUUAGCAAGUGUGGAAAAUUUGGAAAUGUGGUGCGGUGUGUUCUCGACGAUGAAGGGAAUGCAUUGCUAGAGUUUGAUGAUGCAAGAGCCGCUGCUCUCUGCCGAAAGGGGAUGCAUCUAAAAUUCUUCAGAUGUAGAUUGGUAUUGACUUCUACCCUAUGGUCCUGAGCAGUCUGUUGACAUCAGUUGUACAAAGAAGAGAGGUUGACAGAAAACAGAUGAAGGUUGAGAGCUCAGAGUGUUGUAUGGCAGUUUUUUGUGGUGCAGUAAGGAAUUGAUUAACUUUCAUGGUUUACAGUAGUUUACAUUACAAGCAAAAUCCCUUGAGUCAAAAAUACUAAUUCAAAACCUUUACAGUAGUUGUGAGUGUCAGGAAUAGUAACAUAGUGUGGUGUGUGUGUCAUGAGAGAGUCAUGUGCAGUUACUUUCUUGAAACCAUUAUUUAUAAGCAUUUCAACUAUCGUCUCUGGUGGUAAUUAAUGAGUUUGCCAUUGUACCCCAUUUCACUCCAAUACUUGUUACAUUCAAUACUGAUUUUGAUAGAUUCUUUCUCUGUUUCA